AUGUCGGCUUCAGAGCUCGAGAACAAGGAGAUCACAUCCUUCCCCGUUGUGAAUCCCAAUAUGAGCACCUGGGCGACAGCGGCCGCUGGUGUCGUGCCCGAGCACCUCUCGAGCGGCCACGUUGUUCCCGGGAAUGUUCUGGGCCAGCUAAACUACAAAUCCCUGCGAAAGAGCGGCGGCAUCCAGGAGGGCGACAUGUUCACACUCACAUCCGCGAUCGAGACCCAAGUUGGCGUCCACGUAUACGAGCCCAGCCCAGAAGCAGCGAUUGACGUGGUUGUCAUCUUCUUCCAUGGCAACGUCCGACCGACCCGAUAUAACCCUGAUAUCAUCACACCGUUUCUCAACUGCGGGGCUACUGUUGUCGGUCGAGAUCUUCCCGGGUACGACCAGAGCUCCUUUGUACCCAAUACCCCGGGAUCGGUGGAGCUUGCAGCCAUUGCAAACGACGAAGUCUUUAUGAACUGGGUGUUGGACAAGUAUAAAACCUCCCGCAUUGUCCUCUGUGGCCGUUCGAUCGGGACCUUGGCCUGGACCAGGCACCUCUCAAACCCGAGAGUUGUCGGCGCAAUUGGGAUUGUGCCGCUUCAAAGCAUGGCAUCGCUGAUCCGUCCCCAAAUUCAGAACAAGAUCUGGGAAGUCGUGGCCAAGGUGCUAGUAAGCUUUUCCGUCAUCGGAUGCUUCGAAUCCAUCUUUGAUGCGCUUUACCCUGCCAACUGCGAAGUGCACAAUUUCAAAACUACCGGGCUUCGGGUCGCCGAGUUUGAUUCUGGCAUUAGUGGGAAACGUGUGACUUUAUUUCCAGCGAAGGAAGACUCGCUUGUUCCGGAGGAUGCAGCAAACGAACUAAAGGCGAAGCUGGAAGCGUAUAACGUGGAUGUGAAGAUGCAGACGCUGAAAGGGGGACACAGCGCUUUGCCUACCGCAGAGCAGUUUCGAGAAGCCUUUGAGAGCAUCCUCGUGUAG